CGAUUGAUGACAUCACAACGCCGACCGGAUGAGGACUACGUUAUUGCUGCCGUCCACGUGGAAACCGAAAUCAGAGCGAUUCUCGAAGACACCCUGCGGAACCUACCAGUGACGUUCAACAUGAUUGCAGCCGAGUCACAGAAGGAUGCGACCCUCAAGCAAGUUUCAAGUUUCGUUCAAUGCGGCUGGCCGUCGAACGUGAGUCAGCUAAUGGAUCCUGCUGUGAAGAAAUUCUACGCCCGGCGUGAUGGACUCCAGCUCAUCGAUAACUGUGUGAUGUUUGGCGACAGGAUCAUCGUUCCUCAGAGGUACCGCAAACAAGUUUUGAAACAGCUACAUAGAGGACAUCCGGGCAUGGAGCGCAUGAAAGCCAUUGCUCGAAGCUAUGUCUACUGGCCGGAUGUGGAUGGCGAUGUGGAGCAAUAUGUACGUCAGUGCAGAGCCUGUGCUGAUGCUGCAAAGUCACCAAGGAAAACUACUCUUGAAUCUUGGCCGAUUCCUACCAAACCCUGGAGCCGGAUACACAUUGACUACGCAGGACCGAUCGACGGAUUAUACUACCUGGUCAUUGUGGACGCCUUUUCCAAAUGGCCCGAGAUUUUCCGAACGCGUUCCAUCACCGCCUCCUCUACAAUCGAAUUACUACGAGAGACGUUCGCUCGUUACGGUAAUCCAAACACGUUAGUUUCGGACAACGGAACACAAUUCACUUGUGAAAGCUUCAAGAACUUCUGCUGCAUCAACGGAAUUACGCACAUCCGUACAGCCCCGUAUCACCCACAGUCCAACGGGCAAGCCGAAAGAUUUGUGGAUUCUUUGAAGCGAGGACUGAAGAAGUUAAAUGAGGGAGGAAGACCAUCAACUCCAGAACAUCUUCAAACCUUCCUUUCCGUGUAUCGAUCAACACCCAACAAAAGCUCACCCCAAAUGAAGUCUCCAGCGGAAGUUUUCCUGGGAAGACCAGUUAGGACCACUCUGGAUUUGCUCAAGAAACCGAUUCCUGUUCCUGCAAUUCCGAACGAAAAACAAAACAUCCAGUGCAAUAAGCGGCACGGAGCAACCCGCCGUGAAUUUCAACCAGACGAUAUGGUGUUUGCUGAAUACCAUCAUGGCAAUCAGAAAUCAUGGAAACCCGGAGUUAUCAUCGAACGCAAAGGAUCAGUAAACUACAAUGUGCUCUUGGACCUUGGUAGACGACAGAGACUAAUCCAGUCUCAUACGAAUCAGCUUCGACCACGUGCAGACAACGAUCAACCGGAAGCAUCAGUUCCAGACGUUCAGCUGCCUUAGGAGAUCCUGAUUGAAGAAUUUGCAGCUACAACGAUCCAGGCAGUACCAAACGAUGAAGAUGCUCAACCGAUUCUUCCUCCGGAUGCCAAUGACAAUUUGGACGAAAACAAUGUCGUUGAACCUGAUGAACAGCAAUCAAUUAUGUCCCUGACGGAUGAAUCCGCUGAAGAAGAUCUUCCGACUGAUCAAGGUUCCUCGGAAGUAGUCAGAGAACAGCCAGCGCGCAACAGAAGACUUCCGUCGUGGUUGGCCCCAUACGAUAUCUUCUAGGAGGGAGAUGUAGCAGAGCAAGCCAUGACUUUGGUAUGCUGACAGCAAGCCUAGAUUUAAGAUUCAUUCUAUUUCCAACCUUCAAACAAUAAAGAUAGAACAUAACAAA